AUGGUUUGAACGAGACGAAGACGGAACCGGAGCCGGGCGCGCGGUCAGUGGACGCGGGUUCCCCGAGAGCCGAAGAUGGCAGUGAAUGGUUACUCGACGUCAGUCACCAGUGAUAACCUAAGUCGACAUGACAUGCUGGCUUGGAUCAAUGAAUCUCUGCAGCUGAAUCUGACAAAGAUAGAACAGUUGUGUUCAGGGGCUGCAUACUGUCAGUUCAUGGACAUGCUCUUCCCUGGCUCCAUUGCUUUGAAGAAAGUGAAAUUCCAGGCUAAGCUAGAACAUGAAUAUAUCCAGAACUUCAAAUUAUUGCAAGCAGGAUUCAAGAGGAUGGGUGUUGACAAAAUAAUUCCUGUGGAUAAAUUAGUAAAAGGAAAAUUUCAGGACAAUUUUGAGUUCGUUCAGUGGUUCAAGAAGUUUUUUGAUGCAAAUUAUGAUGGAAAAGAGUAUGACCCUGUAGCUGCCAGACAAGGUCAAGAAACUGCAGUGGCUCCUUCUCUUGUCGCUCCAGCUCUGAGUAAACCGAAGAAACCUCUCAGCUCCGGCAGUGCAGCUCCGCAGAGACCAAUUGCAACACAGAGAACUACUGCAGCUCCUAAGGCUGGCCCAGGGAUGGUGCGGAAGAACCCUGGUAUGGGCAACGGGGACGACGAAGCAGCUGAAUUGAUGCAGCAGGUCAAAGUAUUGAAACUUACUGUUGAAGACUUGGAGAAAGAGAGAGACUUCUACUUUGGAAAGCUAAGGAACAUUGAAUUGAUUUGCCAGGAGAACGAAGGGGAAAAUGACCCUGUACUGCAAAGGAUUGUAGAUAUUCUUUAUGCCACAGAUGAAGGCUUUGUGAUACCUGAUGAAGGGGGCCCACAGGAGGAACAAGAAGAGUAUUAAGCAGCCUGGACCAGCAGAGCAACAUUCGAAUUCUUCACUCCAAAUCAUGUGCUUAACUGUUAAAUACGCCCUUUUAUUAUUCUUAGAGGAUUCACUGGUUUCUUUUCAUAAGCAAAAAGUACCUCUUCUUCAAAGUG